GUUCACAUUGCGACCACCAAGCACAGUGUUCAAAUUGUGGCAGACAAGACUGGAUCAAUAAUGUGCGUAUUUUAAACUUGUAAGUUUAGAAUUUUCAAUUCCUCGCCAAAGACAUAUUAAACAAUGACUUUAUUUUACGGUCUUCUAAAAAAGACGAGCAUUUUGUCUAAACUGUCCGCAACAGACUGUCCAAAACAAACAGACUGUCCACAACAGACUGUCCUCAACAGACUGUCCACAACAGACUGUCCAAAACAGACUGUCCACAACAGACUGUCAACAACAGACUGUCAACAACAGACUGUCCACAAAAGACUGUCCACAACAGACUGUCCACAACAGACUGUCCUCAACAAACUGUCCUCAACAGACUGUCUUCAACAAACUGUCCUCAACAGACUGUCCACAACAGACUGUCCAAAACAGACUGUCCACAACAGACUGUCCAAAACAGACUGUCCACAACAGACUGUCCGCCGCAACAAACCGUCCAAAACAGACUGUCCACAACAGACUGACCAAAACAGACUGUCAACAACAGACUGCCCUCAACAAACUGUCCACAACACACUUUCCACAACAGACUGUCCUCAACAAACUGUCCUCAACAGACUGUCCUCAACAAACUGUCCUCAACAGACUGUCCACAACAGACUGUCCAAAACAGACUGUCCACAACAGACUGUCCAAAACAGACUGUCCACAACAGACUGUCCGCCGCAACAAACUGUCCAAAACAGACUGUCCACAACAGACUGUCCAAAACAGACUGUCCACAACAGACUGCCCUCAACAAACUGUCCUCAACAGACUGUCCACAACAGACUGUCCAAAACAGACUGUCCACAACAGAUUGUCCAAAACAGACUAUCCACAACAGACUGUCCGCCGAAAAAACUGUCCAAAACAGACUGUCCACAACAGACUGUCCAAAACAGACUGUCCAAAACAGACUGUCCAAAACAGACUGUCCACAACAGACUGUCCGCCACAACAGACUGUAAAGGUUAUUCAAACAGAUUAUCCACUUAACUAUUCUAGUUUAUCAUCUAAACACAUGCCCCGGGGGAGGGGGGGGAUAUUUUAGCCCCUUGUUUAUUGCAAUUCGAAGAGGCUGCCGCCUGCAACCCACCUGCUCCCCCCCUUCUGUGUAGACGCCCCUGAGUAUUUCAGUCACAUAUCAGAACACAAACAUCUUGUCACGUGGUGUGCGUAACUCACUGACGUUUCGGUACACCAAUUGUGUGACACCUUCUCCUGUGUUGUAUUAUUCAGGAGUUUAAAAAUGUUCACUGUAUUUAUGGACACAGGUCUCUGUCAAUGUUUGCACGCACACAGGUCUCUGUCAAUGUUUGCACGCACACAGGUCUCUCUCAAUGUGUUUAUGCACGCAGAUCGCUGUCAAUGCGUUUAUGCACACAGGUCUCUCUCAAUGUGUUUAUGCACACAGAUCGCUGUCAAUGCGUUUAUGCACACAGGUCUCUCUCAAUGUUUGCAUGCGCACAGGUCUCUGUCAAUGUGUUUAUGCACACAGGUCUCUGUCAAUGUUUGCAUGCACACAGGUCUCUGUCAAUUUGUUUAUGCACACAGGUCUCUGUCAAUGUGUUUAUGCACACAGGUCUCUGUCAAUGUGUUUGUGCACACAGGUCUCUGGCAAUGUGUUUAUGCACACAUUUGUCACUGUAUUAAAGCACACGGGUGUCUUUCACUGUAUUUAUACACAUGCUUUUGUCACAAUAUGAAUGCAAUUAGAUAUAUCUCCCUGUAAGUAUGAACACAGACAUAAGUCCCUGUAUGUAUGCAAUUAGAUAAAUGUCCCUGUACGUAUGCAGUUAGAUAUAUGCUCCUGUAAGUAUGAACAUAGUUAGUUAUGUGUCCCUGUAUGUUUGCAAUUAGAUAUGUAAUUUAGUUGUUUAUUUUCUACCUACAGAAAAUUUGAAGGCUGGCAUGUGCGGCUUGAAAGCUCCGAUGUCACAGUUCCUUGGUGAGACGUAGAGACGAACACUGCUACAGGCGAGGGCUCCUUUGUACCCUUCCUUAUGUUGAAAAGAAGACUACGGCCACGGUUGUUUGGGAUUUGGGUAACAGCCUGUGUGCGACACCGAAGUACACCACGUUACCUAGGUGAGACUUUCAUAAUGACCCCAUCAUUAAUAAAUAUUAUGUUGUUGUUGUUUUUUUGUUUGGUUUUUUUUUGUUUGUUUGUUGUUUUUUUUGUGUUUUUUUUUUUGGGGGGGGGUGGUGUUGUUUCUUUAAGGGGAGACAACUAUGGCAUAUUGUCCAUGUUAAUGGAAGGGUUUUCUCCCAUGAUGACGGUUGUGAGACUGUUGUAAAGUGGUUAUAAAAAGGUUUUUAAGUACUUUCAUAAUGACCCCAUCAUUAAUAAAUAUUAUGUUGUUGUUGUUUUUUUGUUUGGUUUUUUUUUGUUUGUUUGUUGUUUUUUUUGUGUUUUUUUUUUUUGGGGGGGGGGGGGUGUUGUUUCUAUAAGGGGAGACAACUAUGGCAUAUUGUCCAUGUUAAUGGAAGGGUUAUCUCCCAUGAUGACGGUUGUGAGACUGUUGUAAAGUGGUUAUAAAAAGGUUUUUAAGAAGGUUGUAAGACGGUUGUAAGAAGGUUGCAAGAUGGUUGCUUUAUUGUUGUUGUUUUUUAACUUUUAUAAUGGUUUUGAAAAGCUGAAACCUAACAAAACAUGUACAAGAUGCUGCAGGCAGAUGAAUGUCAUCAAUUUUGUGUUUCCCGCAGCCACAGAUAGCGACACGCCAUCUUUGCUCAAGAGCGUCAUCCUCAGGCGUGCCAGGCUGGAGGACUAUCAGAGCAUCAUUGCGAUAGGCGACAAAUACGGUGGUCGAGAUUAUUUCACCUCACACUUCCACGGCUACCUGGCCAACAAAAGGUGCUACCCACUGGUAGCAGAGCUGCGUGGUAAAGCGGUGAGUCGAUCUGAAUCAGCGGCGGCCACAGCAAUUUUCCUAUUUUGGAGAUCUUCAGUUUGUUCCCAUCUCCCCCUUUGGCAGUGACUGUUAGAAAUUAUUUCAUACCUAGUGGAUGAUGCAUAACUUCAAACCUAUUGGCAGAAACAUCAAUUACAUCAGUGUGAAUUAUGACUUUUUCUAUGACAUUAAUAAUGGGGUUUUUAGGAGCAUUCGCCUGGUAAUAUGAAUUUCACGGUUUCAGUCCUAAAUGUUUAGAUUUUUUUUCUUCAAAUUUUCUACCCCUACUAGCAAUAAUAAUGUUUUUAUUUUGUUAAUUUAAAAGUACCUUGAUGGAUGAAAUAGAUAGAGUGUAAAAUAGAUCAAGACAAAAACAAGUUCGUCUCGCUAUCUUCAUGUUCAGUUAUCAAGUUGUAAACCCUUAAAUAAUAUUUAAAUUUGAACUCAAAUGUUAAGUCUGUUUCUGCCGUAUGUUCUACUGUAUGGCUGACAAAGUUGGAGAUCCACCAAGAAAGCUGGAGAUCCACCAAGAAAUCUGGAGAUCCGCCAAGAUAUCUGUAGAUCCACCAAGAAAUCUGGAGAUCCACCAAGAAAUCUGUAGAUCCACCAAGAAAUCUGGAGAUCCACCAAGAAAUCUGGAGAUCCACCAAGAAAGCUGGAGAUCAACCAAGAAAUCUGGAGAUCCACCAAGAUAUCUGUAGAUCCACCAAGAAAGCUGGAGAUCAACCAAGAAAUCUGGAGAUCAACCAAGAAAUCUGGAGAUCCACCAAGAUAUCUGUAGAUCCACCAAGAAAGCUGGAAAUCCACCAAGAAAUCUGGAGAUCAACCAAGAAAUCUGGAGAUCAACCAAGAAAUCUGGAGAUCCACCAAGAAAUCUGGAGAUCCACCAAGAAAGCUGGAGAUCAACCAAGAAAUCUGGAGAUCCACCAAGAUAUCUGUAGAUCCACCAAGAAAGCUGGAGAUCAACCAAGAAAUCUGGAGAUCAACCAAGAAAUCUGGAGAUCCACCAAGAUAUCUGUAGAUCCACCAAGAAAGCUGGAAAUCCACCAAGAAAUCUGGAGAUCAACCAAGAAAUCUGGAGAUCAACCAAGAAAUCUGGAGAUCCACCAAGAAAUCUGGAGAUCCACCAAGAAAGCUGGAGAUCAACCAAGAAAUCUGGAGAUCCACCAAGAUAUCUGUAGAUCCACCAAGAAAGCUGGAGAUCAACCAAGAAAUCUGGAGAUCAACCAAGAAAUCUGGAGAUCCACCAAGAUAUCUGUAGAUCCACCAAGAUAUCUUUAGAUCCACCAAGAAAGCUGGAAAUCCACCAAGAAAGCUGGAGAUCAACCAAGAAAGCUGGAGAUCCACCAAGAAAGCUGGAAAUCCACCAAAAAGAUUGGAAAAGACCGUAAACUUUCUUGAGUAAUUGCCCGUCUAAAAUAAUCAACAUGAAGUGUUUCAACAAAGUCCCAAACACAGAAUAUGGGGAAAUGACUGUAAGAAGCCCUUUAUAGCAGGAGAUACGGAAAAGAAGAUUAGCGUGAAUUAGGUCAUAUGCAAAACUCUAUGCCAAAUAUAACAAGACAUGCACUGGAAUAGAACUCAUGCCAAAUAUAACAAGACAUGCACUGGAAUAGAACUCAUGCCAAAUAUAACAAGACAUGCACUGGUAUGGAAGAGAUGCCAAAUAUAACAAGACAUGCACUGGUAUGGAAGAGAUGCCAAAUAUAACAAGACAAGCACUGGAAUAGAACUCAUGCCAAAUAUAACAAGACAUGCACUGGUAUGGAAGACAUGCCAAAUAUAACAAGACAAGCACUGGAAUAGAACUCAUGCCAAAUAUAACAAGACAUGCACUGUUAUGGAGGAGAUGCCAAAUAUAACAAGACAUGCACUGUUAUGGAGGAGAUGCCAAAUAUAACAAGACCAGUACUGACAUGGAAGACAUGCCAAAUAUAACAAGACCAGCACUGACAUGGAAGACAUGCCAAAUAUAACAAGACCAGCACUGACAUGGAAGACAUGCCAAAUAUAACAAGACCAGCACUGGUAUGGAAGACAUGCCAAAUAUAACAAGACCAGCACUGGUAUGGAAGACAUGCCAAAUAUAACAAGACCAGCACUGGUAUGGAAGACAUGCCAAAUAUAACAAGACCAGCACUGGUAUGGAAGACAUGCCAAAUAUAACAAGACCAGCACUGGUAUGGAAGACAUGACAAUAUAACAAGACCAGCACUGACAUGGAAGACAUGACAAUAUAACAAGACCAGUACUGACAUGGAGGACAUGCCAAAUAUAAAAAGACCAGCACUGGUAUGGGUCACUACCCCCUCCCUGCACCCUCUCCAUUUGCCACUGACAAGAAGGUUAAAGUAAUUGUUAAUGGGUGAUGCUCCACUUGCAUUUGAAGACAAAUAAGAAGAAUGAACGCUUCCAUAUAAAAAAUGAACGAUGGUGGGAACUAACAUGUUUGAAUUUCCUCUAUUCUCCCCACUGAUCGGCUUCCAAUAAAUAUGAUCCGUACCAUAUUAUGGCCACCAUUUGCUAGCACACUAUUUUACACAAAUUUGCCACACGUGUUUGUCACACGCAAUUUUACACAUAUAUAUCGAGCAAAUUUCUUCACAAUCAUUUGUCACAAUGCAUUGUCACACCAAUUCGUGAAAAUCAUUAAUCAACCACAAACCUUCGUGGACAGGUUGGGUUCCACUUGAGUCAGCAGCUCGACGGAGGCCAAGCCGUGAUGAAGCGUGCGGCCAGGGUCCACAGGGACUACCCCCAGCUGGACGUGCUACAGUUGAUGGACCGCGAGCUUGACCGCUACGCUCGGAAGGAGCUGUCCUCUGCUCGAUACGAAAUGUUUUCAGUAUUCAACAGGGCCUACGAAAGGGAUAGGGUGGACUACCUCAAAGUCGGGUACACGGAUCUCCUGACUAAGGUAGGUCACCAGGUGGGCAGAGGAGAAUACUCGUUUUAAAAUGCGGAGUUUUCAUCUGCAACUAUUUGAUCGAUCACAUUCUGCCCAUAAAUCUGCCACAUUCCUACAUUAGAUCAAACACAUUCAUGCCAUAGCUUAAUCAUGUUCACCCAAUAGCUCAAUUUUUUUCCUCCUAAAGCUUAAUCAUAUUCAUUCCAUAGCUCAAUCAUAUUCAUCCAAGACGCUCAAUCAUUUUCCUCUUAUAGCUCAAUUAUAUUCCACCUAUAAGAUCGCUGUCCCAAAACAAAGUCUUUAUUAUCUUCAAAAAUGAAUACAUUAAUAUUAAGUGUGUUACAUAAAUUCAUUUUAAAACAUUUAAAAUAAAUUGUCUUUAUAAUUACAAUUGUACUUUUUAUUUAUCUCUAAUUCUUUGUUACUCAUAAAACAAUUUUAUGAUCCAAAUUAAUAGUUAUAGAUACCUUUUGAAAAAGUAUCACCCAUCAAGAAAUUUGGUCUAUAGUAACUUUUGCUUCAACUUUCGUUUCAGCCAAUCCGCUGUCUUCACUUCAAUGCCAAAGACUUCAGAAACGUCAAACGUCCUUCACAGCUGAACAGCGUCAUACCGAUGACGUACAACGAUCUGAAGCACCUGUUUCAACACGACAGAGCCAUCGAAAACCUGUUCCCGAGGAAAAUGCUGUACAACUUCAUGCAAGGCUUCCGUCCUCUCGAGGUCAACAUCCCCCUGGUGUGGAGCAACGGUAAACUGGCGUACGCGACUACCACAGAAUCAAUUCCGCAGACGUCGAGACCGAAUACACCCGAUGGAGAUAACUUAACGCGGCAGAUGAUAGAAAGAAUCGACAUGGUAUCGUUCUCUCUCAACUACCUCGCCAAAAUCGGACUCGUCUACUUCAUCGACAUCUACGCCGUGAAUGGGUUCCGCUCGGUGUCGCUGAAGGACCACAUACAGCGACACCUGAACACGGUGGCUAAGCUCACUUCCGGCACCGGGGUGCUGUGGCUGACCCUAACGGCCAACGUGGACGUGGAGAGGACCGCCCACUGUCUGAUGGACUAUGGGGUCGGGCACUUCCUGCCCACCGCCGAAGGUUCGAUUCACCUGCUCAAGAGGGACAUUGACAGAAGUGGCGUGACGUGAUGAUGUGUCCCGGGAC